AUGAUGAAAAAUUACUAUUUGCAGAAACUACAAUAUUCUUUUGGUUUUAAUCCAAAUAUUCCUAUAAUAAAUUUAACAACCGAAAAUCGUACAUUAAUUGCUUACGCUUGUUCACAUGUGGCAAUGAUGUAUGAUUAUAGCAAUAACGAAAUGUUAUCUCUUCAAGGUCACAAAACUGCUAUUAGAACAUUAUCGAGUUCGAAUGAUGGUAAAUGGCUAUUAACAGCAGACUUUGAAGAUGAUUGUGCAGUCAUUAUUUGGGAUACUGAAAUAAAAUUGUUUAGAAUACCUAUUAGCACUUUAUUUGAACCUCAUGGUAAAAAUGGUUUAACAGCAGCUCGUAUAAGUCCUAAUGCGAAGUAUAUUGUUACAAUUGGCAAUGAAAAAUUUCAAAACGUUUACUUUUGGCUCUGGACAUAUGGGAAUAAUAAACCCGAUGCGAUUGUUGAAUUAUCGCACAUACAUUUGGAUAGAAUUAAAGAAAUUAGUUUCGAUAAUGACUUUCCAAAACGAUUUGCUUUAACUACUGAUCACCACGUAGUUUUUUUCAUUUGGGAUCAAGAUAAACUUAAUUAUUAUCAACCGAAAAUAAUUGGAAAAUAUCGUCGUUUUGGAAUUUUCAAUAGUUCUAUUUUUAUUAGAAAUACAUCGGAUACGUUAACAGCAACAACUAAUGGUUUUGUGUUAGUCUGGAAUCACGUUCGCACUUCCGAACGUGCUAUAGAAGAUACAAAUCUAAAAAAGAAACAUAUCAAAUCAGUAAAAUUACAAACUUGUAAUAUUACUGUAAUUCUUGAUUACGAAGGAAUGAUUGUUACUGGAAAUUCUAACGGACGAAUAACUUUUUAUGAUAAUCAAUUAAAAAUUUUAUAUUGGUGUCAAAAUCAUGAACUUGGCUCUAUUAGCUCGAUUAGUUUCGAUCUAAGUUCUACAUUAAUUGGCCCUGUAAACGUUAUCAGUGAAACAGAUAGUAAGAUUAUUGAAUCAAGCAACGGAGAAAGUACGGAGGAAAUAAAAAGCGAAAUGGAAAAUGAAUUUAUAGAGGAUUUUGCAUGCCAGGAAGACUGUUGUACUUAUCAAGAUAUUGAAUGCUUAAAUGAUAAAAUAUAUAGAAAAUUCUCAUAUUUAACUGUUAAUACAGAACGUAUUCCAAAAUAUUAUUAUGACAACAAAAAAUUAAAAUAUGUAGCAACCGACGCUACUAUACAACGUUCUAAGUUCAUCGUUAGAAACAGCUUUCCCCUAUUUUUUAUGCAACUUUUGUUAUCUAUCAUACUUCUGGAGCUAUUCAAGUUAUUAAUAUAUAUAUUAAUAAUUGUUAUAGCUACAACGAAAGGUAUACUUGCUUUAUUGGAUAUUUCAAAUUUAAAAUGCAAAUUCAUUUUGAAACAUAGUGCUGCCCAUGUAACAAGUUUAGAUGCACAUCCGGAAAGGUAUACGAAUUUAAUAAAAAAUAGAUUUUAUAGAAUGAAAAGUGAUAUAUUCAUUUACAGUAAUUAUCUUAUCACGGGAAACAACGAGGGUAUUUUAAAUUUAUAUGAUUAUGAGAAACGUAGCUUGAUCAUAUCAAAAAAAGUUCCAAAUCUACCAGAUUUUAAAAGGAUUUUUGAUUAUCAAAAUAAAAACGAUAAAAUAAUUUAUAUUAGUUGUCCCCAGACACAUCAAAGUUUAACUGCUAUUACCGUUCUGAAAUAUUCUCCAACAUCUGAUUUACUCAUCUGUGGUAUGGAAAAUGGUACUUUAUGGGUAUUAAAUCCAUUAACGUUGGAAUUGUUAGAUGAAUUUCCUUACAAGCAUUCGUCUCAAGCUAUUCGUAUUGUUGCCUUCACCAAAUGCUCAACUUACAUGGCUUAUUCCGACGAUGCUUUGUCCAUUGUAGUAUUCCGAAAAAAUGAUACUAAGUCUGUAAAUAUAACCAACAUUUGGAAUUUAAUCGGAAAAUGUCAUUCGCAUAGUUUACCUAUUAGACAAGUUUUAUUUGGACCGUCCAUAACAGACAAUUCAAUUCCGCGACUAUUUUCUUUAGGAGAGGAUCAAGAUCUCAUCGAAUAUGAUUUAAAAAAUAGUGGACCAUAUCCGGAUCCAGGAUUACAAAUUUUACAGAUUGAUAAAAUCGAAUCAAAAGCAACCCCUCUUUAUUUAGAAUGGUAUCCGCGAUUCGGUGUUGAGACUCUUUUCGUAAUAUCGAAUUCUGAAUACAAGUAUAUAUUAUUAAAUGAUAUAAUCAGAAUGAUUCGUGGAACUUUUUUAAAUCCAACAUUUGGAGCACCUAUACAACGUUUUAAAAUAUUAACAAAAAAACAUAAUAGCAUAUAUAUGGUAUUUUCAACUGAUAAGGAAAUAGGUUUACAAAGUCUUCCAUUAGAUGGUAAUCCUUAUACAAGUUUAGGACUUACUGGACAUCCGUGUAAGAUAACUGGAUUUACUGUGGAUUGUAAAAACAAUAUUGCAUUUACCAUGGGAUAUAAAGAUUCGUGUGUUUUAAUGUGGAAGAUCAAAUUUAGAUCAAUAAAUAUUAUGAAACGUUUAGGAGGAGAAGGAUUGUCUCCAUUUUAUAAUUUCAUAAAAGGUGGUAAAAAUGGUUGGUUAUUUAACGAAAUGCGAGAUUUAUUCUACUACGCACAAAUUCUACAACAAGGAGAAAAUACGAUGGAAACAAGAAAGAUUUCCGAUGUGAUUUCCAUUAAACAAAUACCAAAUUUAAUGCGAGCCGUUGGUUAUUUUCCUAGUAACAAAGAACUAGAAAACAUUAUGUGCGAAGUAGCAUAUAGGAAUUAUGCAGAGACGGGACAAUUAUUGGAAGAAAUUAAUUUUGAAGAUUUCGUAAAACUAUAUAUCAAUCAUCGACCCGCUUUUGGAUAUUCUACGAGACAAGUAAAAAAAUCAUUUGCAAUUCUUUGCGGAAAGGAAUCAAACAAUAAUGAAGAUUUAAUUUUAACUCGGGAUCAAUUUAUGAACGUAUUAUUUGGUAAAUAUCCAGAGAAAAAUAUUACGGAGGAUAACAAACUUCUCGGUGAACCACUAACAUUAGAAGAAGCAUAUACAUACCUAAAACUGCUUAUUCCUUCGGAGGAUGCCAAUAUAACACAUUUUGCGGAUUCAAAAGAACAAAAAAUAUCUACAACUACAAGUUUUAAUUUUUUACCAUCGAAGAUAUCUUACAAAGAUUUUGUCACGGUUAUUUUGGGUGUUGAAUUUUCGGAGAGGAUGAGGGCUGAGAAUAAAGAUAUAAAGUGAUGUUUGUCGCAUUGCCGAUACGAUUUUUUACUCAAUUUUUUUGUUAUAUUUACAUUAUGAAAGCUAUCUAAGAUAAUAAAGAAAUGAUUGAAAGAUAGUGUCUAUUAUGUGUUACAUAUUUUAAAUUAAUUUUACAGGGGAAAUAGGAGAGGACGACUUGCUUUAAUCUGAAAGAUUUGCGUUGAUAGAAAUAUUUGAAUUUACAAUUGAAAUGAUCGCAGACUUUAUGAUAUCUCAAAGGGUUUUGUUUUUUAAAUAUUCUUAUUAAAAGUACGUAGGACAUUAAGAUUUGCACGAACCGAAAUUUCUUCAAUGACAAUAGAAGAAUACUCCCUUUCUUCUAUAUCCAUUUCAUAAUAUCCAUCAAUUGAUGUAAAAAAUUAUAUAAUAUUGUAUAAUUUCGUGUUAUGAGUAAAAGUUAUUUUAUAUUUUGAAAUAUAUUGAAAGAGAGAGUCAAUACAUUAUGUGAAUAAGAACAAAAUACUGGAAUAUUAUAAUUAACGUUAAUUCCAAAAAUGUGUUUCCAGAAGCUACAAUAGAAGCGAUAUUACGCCGAGGAGGCAUUAUUUCGGCAGAUGCAGGAAUAACUUUAUGAAAUGGACUUAAAGAAGUAUAGGCAGAAAUUUAUUGAAAAUUAUAUACUAACGAUGUGCUGUAUGAUAUUAUACGAUCAGCAAUCGUAUGUCUUGUGCCAUCUUAUGCGACUAAUUAUUACAUCGCUCGUCCCAUUAGGAACGCAAUUUUCUUAUCCGAGCUACACGAUAGUACUAACUGUAAAUAUUGAUUUAUUUGUUCAUUUGAUCUCAAUACCAUAGCAAUGCAGUGACAGCGGUAUGUCAUUUAUACAUUUCUAAUUUAAAUGGAAUAUGCAUCAAACAAGAUUACGCCAUUAUGAAUGGAUUCGUAUUCUGUGAGAAAAAUAAUUAAAAAUAAUAUAUAUAUAUAUAUAUAUAAUAGGCCCAAUAACUAUUGAAGCGCUUAAUUAGCGUAGUAAGAUGUUAAAUUGCAGAGCUAUUCAUAUCAAUCAUUGAUAAUAAAAAGCUUGUUGUAGUGAAGAAGAACAUCUUUUCUCCUAUGUUUUUUUCCCUUAUAACGCAUUAUGCGAUAGACUAGAAAUAACGAAAGAUCCAUUUGUUUUAUGAACCCCUUUCUUUUUCUUUUUUUCUCUUUUUGUUUUUAUAUCUAAAAGCGUGAAAAAGAAUUAUAAGAGAAAAAAGUAAGAUCAACAAUUUUAGACGAUGAGAAUAUCUAUUGUAUUUUUAUUAAUUUUUCGUAAUGUUAACGUGUUAAGUAAAUAACAUCAAAGAAACUUAACACAUUUCAUUAUAAAAUCGAAGCUAUUACGAUAUAAAAAAAGUGACCGUGAUUUAUGUCAGUUUCACAACCGAAGUUCUUCAUCAAAAACCUAUAGUCAAGCACAUGGUUAAAUGAUUGUUCAUACAAUGGAGGCAUGGACACCGCCAGCAGUGCCGACUGUCGGAUCAGACGUAACUGUAAAUUGAAUUCAUAAAACACAGCCCUCCCGUACUCAUACGCCCGCGGGUUCCUCUUCACAUUCAAGAAAUUUGCAUCCCUGGCGCGAUGCAGUCUACAGUUCUAAAAACCGAUGCUACACACCGCCUAUCACCUAAAUCGAAUUUUAUACACAGCACUUUAAUCGUUAAAAGAAGUACAAACAAAUGUACACAAGAAACCUUAUUUCAUUAUUAUAAACUUUAGAUCAUAUUUACAAUUAUAUACAAACAUUUUUGUUAUUGGCUUAA